UCUUCGCCGGCUGCGCACCCCGCACCCACUCUUCCGCAGUCGACACCAUAAAAAAGAAAAGAAAAAAAAACUUAAUCCUUUAAGGCCCAGAACCAGCCGUCCUCGCGCCCAGCCUCCUGGGCCCCGGGAGGCCUGCCCUAAAGAGUAGCUUCCAGAACCGGAAACAGGCCGCGACCCAGAGGCCCGCGAUUGAUCUGGCGCCCGGACCCCCGCUGCGCACACCCGUCGGCCUCCGCGUGCGGCGGACCGCGGCCACCAUGGUGCAGCCGCAGACCUCCAAGGCCGAAAGCCCGGCCUCGGCCGCCGCUUCUGCCAACGCCCAGAUGGACGACGUGAUCGACACGCUGACCUCGCUGCGCCUCACCAACUCCGCGCUGCGCCGCGAGGCCUCCACACUGCGUGCAGAGAAGGCCAACCUCACCAACAUGCUGGAGAGCGUGAUGGCCGAGCUGACCCUGCUGCGCACCCGCGCGCGCAUCCCCGGGGCGCUGCAGAUCACGCCGCCCAUCUCUGCCAUCACCUCCAACGGGACGCGCCCCAUGACCACGCCGCCCACCUCGCUGCCCGAACCCUUCUCCGGAGACCCGGGCCAGCUGGCGGGGUUCCUGAUGCAGAUGGACAGGUUCAUGAUCUUCCAGGCUUCCCGUUUCCCAGGUGAGGCCGAGCGAGUGGCCUUCCUUGUGUCCCGCCUAACCGGGGAGGCCGAGAAGUGGGCCAUCCCACACAUGCAGCCCGACAGCCCCUUGCGAAACGACUAUCAGGGCUUCCUGGCCGAGUUGCGAAGAACCUACAAGUCCCCGCUGAGGCACGCACGGCGCGCCCAGAUCAGGAAGACUUCUGCCUCCAACAGGGCAGUGCGGGAGCGGCAGAUGCUGUGCCGCCAGCUGGCCGCGGCGGGCACUGGGCCCUGCCCGGUGCAUCCAGCCUCCAACGGGACCAGUCCAGCUCCGGCUCUGCCCGCUCGGGCACGGAACCUUUAGGAGGCCGCCACCACCCUGGUAGCAUCUGCAACCAUCCGGGUAGCAUAAGCUCUGCUGUGGAGAAGAAAUGUCCAAGCAACAGCAUCGCCCCUUCAAAACCGACCCUUCCUUGGCCUCCUGUUCCUUAGGUCUUCCUCCCACCUUGCUUGGGCGCCCUAGUCACCUGCCUUGCUGUGCUUCCUGUUGUCACGUGCUAGCUCUGUACCUGCAACUCAGUGCAUGCUCCCCCCUCCUUGCAACCUCAGCUUCUCCAGAGAUGGCAACUCUGCUGCUCCAGGCCCACUGACCCCACAGCACACCCUGGGACCAUUUGGACUGCCACCCUCGACUCCCAGCCCGGACACUCCUGCCUCACCUUCUGCAAGACCCUGGGCAGCUCCCUGCCUGUUUUCCCUGCUCUGGAUGGAAAGAACGGACUUGGCCAGGCUGGUGGCUUGAUGUGUGUACCUGGAGAGGGGACCUGGGUAUCUCCCUUGGUUGGUCACCAGCACUGCCAGGGCCUAGGGUAGUGGGCAGGGGCUCACCCCUGCCAUCAGUGGCCAAGUGCUGUUCUAGCAUUGCCAGGGCAAGCUUCGCUUUGUACCACCAUGCAGUCCAGCUGACUGCAGCAGGGAAAGGGAUGAUAUCUUCCGGAUGCAUCUCCAUUCAUCCCCAGCUGCAGCUGCCGGGGUUCUGGGGGCCCAGGAAAUGGGAGAGUCACACUCCUCUGCUGCAGAAGGCCCUUGUGGACAGGGAUCCUGGGCAGUUCCAUCAGGUUUUCAUGGGCAGAGGAUUCGUGCACACCCAUUUCCAAGAGCCUUGGCAGGCUGAGAGGUGGACACAGUGGUUCUGUUGCUGCCCUGGGUCUCCGAUAGGGAGCUCACGAGCUGCUGGUGUUUGGUUUUCUGCCAUGUCUCUUUGUGUCUUGACUUGAGGCCCAUUCCCUUUUCAUUCAGGGGCCAUGUGGCCUUCACCUCACCUUUCAGCCACCCACAUCAUCUCCAGGUCUCCAAAGAUGCCAUGUGACAUGCCCUCCCUGUACCCAGGCCGUUAGGUCUCAUUUGUGUCCAAGAACAAAUAAGAGUUUAACAAUGGAGACAGCUCCUCUGGAAAAUACCUGAAACACUGAAGGCUGUGUCUGGGUGACAUUUGUAAAGGCGAAGAAUUGUGGACUGCUUAGUCCUAAUGUGGUGAGAUUGCAGGCCAUGUGUCCUAAUUCUGAGGGACACAGCUGUAUCUCAAGGCGUAUGGCCAUGGCUUCCUUGCAGAGAGACAACCAAGAAACCCCAUUCUGCCCCAGACUUGGCCAAGCCCUUUGAACUGUGGCACUCCAGCCAUACUUCAUUGUCACAUGAACAGCACCGACUUGGCCACCUGGACCUGAGAGGAGCCGGGGUUCAUCUGCCCCUGACAGAGCGGUUCUGCUUUGGCUGCAGAAGGGCUACCUAUGCACCUCCGCAAAGCCGCCUGUGUCUUGGGAUCCCAUGAUUGGGUCCUGGGACCCAUCCUCUCCUUCAGAGAGUUUGAUGCUGUUGGGAAAGUGACUGUGAUUCUAAAGCAACUGUGACCCUCCCAGGUCCUGUGGUUGCUGGGUCCACAGACACGGCCUUCCGCUCAUCGUAAACUCGGUUAGCCCAGUUGCCCUGCCGACCAGCUGCCUGGACACAGGCUUUGGGUUCUCCUGGACUCCACCAAGGUCCUUCCAGUCGGACCGUGGUGCUCAUGAAUUGGGAGUGGAUGGAGGUGGCCCAGUGGGGCUGCCACUCGAGGUGGAGGUGCUGAUGGGUGGAGUGCUGGUCACUUCCUCCUGUGCCCAGCGCCCCUCUGUCCCAGCACUGUCUUGGCAGGGCUUGUACCUGCUAGAGGAGGUGUCUCCAGGUGAAGGGACAGUGGCACUGCAGAGUGCAGAGGAGUGGGGACACAGGAGUGCAGAGGCACUCCGGGGAAGAGCCCUGGAGGGUUCCAUGUGGCCUGGGCCUGCAUGGAAGGGCACAUCUGCCAUCUUCCCGAUCCUGGGCCUGUGAGUGCUUCUGUGCCCGUGCCAGCGCUGUGUCUGAGAGUUGGGCCGCUGUACACCCUGGGGCCAGAGCCACACAGGCAGGGCUGGCCACCCUCCUGUCCAUGUCCGCUGCUGGCCCUUUGCCUCUGGUGGCUGUGCCUAGUCCAGGCUGCUGCUGUUCCAGCUGCAUCUGGUUUGGUGGCUUGUGUGUUUUGUCCCCUGAUGCUUCUGUUGGUGGGCCUGGGAGGCAAGCUGUCAUUCAAGUGCCACCUUCUCGAUAGCUCCCCAGAACUCUGGACCUGGAGCAGAUGAGAGAGGGCCAGAAAGCCUGUGCUGGAGGUGCUGAGGGGCCGUCACGCCUCCGGGAGAGGACGAGAGCCAAGGCCCGUGCAGCCCGGGAGGGAGACCUCGGUGAUGAAGGGACCAAGCCGAAGACUGAGGUGGGAAGGGAGCUGCUGUGUACAUAUUGGGGGUUAUAGUUUCUCCAGCUUCCGGAGGACAGGUAGUGACUUCAAAAAGGCAGUGUGGAGUUUGCAUGUGAAGAGUUUCUGUGUCUCUUGGUGUCAUGGUCGUUGGGAUGACGUAACUGCUCUCUGGUCCACGUGGUACCCGUCUGGUAAGUAAGCUUUGUUGCAUUCCAGGUACGUCUGGCGAUGGCAUUUGGUAGGGCUGACCCCCUGGCCUAGUGUGUAGCAUGACCUUGGGACUAACUUCCUGUCCUAAAGCAUUUAGGUGACUUCUAAGAACCAGCAGAGACCCAUUUCAGUAACCCCAGGUAAGUAGAUGAGAGG